GCAUAUGUACAUUAGACCGACGCUCGUAAUAAUAAAAAUGACGGCAUAAGUGCAUGAAGAUGAACGAUUUAGCGUCUACGCAGGCGGUGGGCAGAGAAGCAGCGAGUGCCGCGCUGUGGCCCGCAGGCGUGUCUGCGUGUCACGUGACUGGUAUUAUGCGCGCAGGUACGCAGUGAGACAGGCUGGGUGUCCCUGCACUCUGCACCCAUCAGUUAAAUCACCGGACCGGCUUAUUAAUUGACUUGGGAAACGAAGGAAAUAACAAGUAAGGAGUGAGGAGAGAUGGCCAACUUUAAGGGGCAUGCUUUGCCCGGCAGCUUUUUCUUGCUGUUCGGCAUUUGGUGGUCGGUGAAAUACCCAUUCCGGCAAUGCUGGAAGAGGAGCCAUUUACAAGGGAGGAAAAGGCUGCCCCUGCUCUUUGACAGGAUAGAUUUUGUGGAAGGAUCCCUGAAGAUAUUCUUUGCCUUUGUUGGUAUCAUGGCUGAACAGUUCGUUCCGGACGGGCCCCACGCUCACCUAUACGACAGGCAGGGAAAUGCCUGGGUGAAGCUAAUGAACUGGCAGCACAGUACCAUGUACCUGUUCUUUGGUAUUUCUGGAGUAGCUGACCUCCUAAGCAUGUCCAGCCUGCCUGUCCCCCUGGGGAUCGACCGUCUGGGGCUCGCUUUGGCGCUUUUCGUCGAAGCGUUCCUGUUCUACUUUCACGUGCACAAUCGCCCCCACCUGGACAUGCACAUUCACUCCCUGCUUCUGGUGGCUGUGUUUGGGGGCGCGGCGAGUACCUUUCUGGAGGUCUUCAAACGAGACCAUCCCAUACUGGAGUCACUCAGGAGCAGCUUAGCCAUCCUCCAAGGAACAUGGUUCUUCCAGAUUGGCUUCGUGCUUUACCCACUGAACGGACCAGAAUGGGACCUCGAGAAACAUGACAACAUCAUGUUUGUCACCAUGUGCUUCUGCUGGCAUUAUGCUGUUGCUUUGAUGAUCGUGGCUGUGAAUUAUACCAUUGUCUGGUUUGCCAUGCAAAAGUGUACACGGCGGGAGACCUCUGACAUGGAGAUUGGACUACGGAAGACCUUGUCGCCCAGUGACGCUAGCUCACAGAAAGCCCUACUCCACGACUCAGAAGAAGAAUAGACUGAUGCAUACAUGGAUUGAGAAAUGCCACAGAGGGUGAUCUGUACUUCUGGGAAGGAUUUCCUGGAAACUUGUUUUGAUGGUAAAAAUUUGUUUAAAAAAACAAAAAAAACAAAAAAGAAAACCCUAGACCUUUGUAAUAAAAUAGUUCAUUCUUAAAGAAAUAUAAUUUGAUAACAUACUGAUCUAUAGUGAAGUUUUCUUAAAGGAACCAAGCUCUCUGCUUUAUUUUAAAGUAAUUCCAUGAUGCAUUCUGAAACAAUAUGGUCUUAUUUUAUGAAAACAGCUUAUUUUAUCUCGAGAAAGCAUUUGGUUUUGUCACAGAGAUCCUUAGUGUCUCGAUAGGAAGUGAACAAAUUAGGUUAGCGGCAAGAUCUCUGCUCAGAGGUAUAUGUGGGAAUAAAACUACACAAGAUCAACUGACA